AUGCCUCGCCAGGCCGCCUCGAGGCUGGUGGUCGAGGAGGUGGACGGGGCCCGGGGGCCUUCGGGGCCCGCAGCCACCAUGCUCCGCUCCCUGCUGCUUCACUCCCUGCGGCUCUGCGCCCAGACCGCCUCGUGCCUCGUGCUCUUCCCGCGCUUCCUGGGCACGGCCUUCAUGCUCUGGCUCCUCGACUUCCUGUGCAUCCGCAAGCAUUUCCUGCGCCGCAGCCACCGGGGGCAGCCCGAGCCCGAGGCGGAGCUCAACAGUGAGGGCGAGGAGGUGCCCCCCGACGACCCUCCCAUCUGCGUGUCCGACGACAACCGCCUGUGCACCCUGGCGUCGCUCAAGGCCGUGUGGCACGGGCAGAAGUUGGAUUUCUUCAAGCAGGCGCACGAGGGCGGGCCGGCGCCCAACUCCGAGGUGGUCUUCCCCGAGGGCUUCCGACGCCAGCGCAUCCUGGACUAUGCCCAAGGCAACCGCCCGCUGGUGCUCAAUUUCGGCAGCUGCACCUGACCCCCGUUCAUGGCGCGCAUGAGCGCCUUCCAGCGCCUGGUCACCAAAUACCAGCGCGAUGUGGACUUCCUCAUCAUCUACAUCGAGGAGGCGCACCCUUCCGACGGGUGGGUCACCACGGACUCCCCCUACGUCAUCCCGCAGCACCGGAGCCUGGAAGACCGGGUCAUCGCGGCCAGGGUGCUGCAGCGAGGCGCGCCUGGCUGCGCCCUGGUCCUGGACACCAUGGCCAACUCCAGCAGUUCCGCCUACGGCGCCUACUUCGAGCGCCUGUACGUCGUCCAGGGCGGCACCGUCAUGUACCAGGGGGGCCGCGGCCCCGACGGCUACCAGGUCUCGGAACUUCGCACUUGGCUGGAGCGCUAUGACCAGCAGCUCCACGGCGCCCCGCCCCGGCGUUUGUAA